CUCGAUUUCAUUUAAAAUUAGCGUAUCCCAUAAUUUUUGAUAAAGAUGGCGGAGGCUGGUACAAGUGAAUCCAGCAGCCCAGACACAGAUCGUGACUUUGAUCCUUCAGCUGACAUGUUAGUUCAUGAAUACGAUGAUGAACAGACUCUGGAGGAAGAAGAAGCACUCAGUGGGGAGAGCUGUUGUGAUGAACUAGGAGAUUUAGAAAAGGAGGGAGAGAUGCCUCUGGAGGACUUGCUUGCUAUGUAUGGCUAUGGAGGAGGGCCCAGACCAGUGGUGGCAGAGGAGAGACAAGACACUCGCUCCAGUAGUGAGGAAGAGAUCCUCAGUAAUCAUGAUCUCACACUCGACAAAGACGAAAUCGCUAGAGACAUUCUGAAGACCAGUGAUGAUGAUGAUGACAAAGAGACUACAGCACAUGAACUCCUCAGUAGUGUGUCCUCUUCCCAGACAGCCAGGCUCCUCAGAUCUAAAAGUCAGGAGGGUAGUGAUGAGGAUUCUGAAUCAGAAGAGGAUUUAGAUUACCAUCCUAUUGAACCCAUGGAUGACUGGAAAAAGACAAUCCAAGUUGGAUCUGACUAUCAGGCCACUGUUCCAGAUGGACUUUGUAAAUAUGGUGAUGCACCAGCAUAUGAAAAUGAAGACCGUUUGUUAUGGGAUCCGUCAAAGAUAGAAGACCCUGCAGCUGUGGAGAAGUACUUAGAGGAAGUGAAAAACCAGAUUAUGCAGAAUGGUACAGGAGCCAAUGCUCUACCCACGGGGGCCCAUGUCAGGGAUGAUGAACAGGCUUUGUAUAUGUUACUUCAGUGUGGACAUAAUAUAGAGGAAGCUCUGAGGAGGAGGAAAAUGCAGGCUGUCCCACCCACAGAUCCCAUGAGCCUUUGGUCAGAGGAAGAGUGUCGUAACUUUGAGAAUGGGCUCCGAACAUAUGGAAAAGAUUUCUACCUCAUUCAGCAAAACAAGGUGAAGACGAGAUCAGUAGGAGAAUUAGUACAGUUUUAUUAUCUGUGGAAGAAAACAGAGAGGCAUGAUGUGUUUGCCAACAAAAACAGAAUAGAGAAAAGAAAAUAUGUUUUACACCCAGGAAUAACAGAUUAUAUGGAACGGUUCCUGGAUGACCAGGAGAGUCCAGUACCAGCCCCCACUAGAGAGAGAUCAGCUAGCCCUGUCCACUCCCUCAUCUAUGGAGACCCCAAACGUAAUCAUCUCAGACCCCACAUAGACGGGGAAGGAGCAUCCUCUGUACGGAUCGAGCCGCGGGAGCUGGACGUAUCGGGGGCGUCCCCGACAGUUGUUACGGUCAGUCCUGACAAGCGUAAACAGACUGCUACAAGUUCUUCAUCAGUCGCUGUGAAUGGUGUUUAUGACGGAGAAGAACCCGUACAGAAAAAACUGAAAACUAACGGUGAAAGUUCUCAUUAUGAACUACAGGAGUCUUACUCAGACGGGAGUGGUCGCUGUGUGUCCUCCUCCUCUCUGUCGUCGAGUAUUGUGUCUAGUACGUGUGACUCUGGCUUCUCUAAUAGUGCUGUUACCUGUUUAUCAAGUGAUGACAUUUCCUCCUCUAAACAUUUACCAUCAGAGUCUGUAGCCUCAUAGAAUGUAGCUCACAGUUCAUGCAUUAUGUUACUGAUCAUUUCUCCAAAAGGAAUGAUAAUUUCAUCAUAGAUAUAAAACAUAUAUCACCUCUUUGUAAGGAAUUGCCAUCUGUAUAAUAUUUGCAAUAUUGUUAACAGAGAUAUAUAUGUUGACUGUAUUUUGUGUUUAGAACACCGGAGGCCAGUGGUAGGUUUUGUAAAAAAAGAUCUCAGCAAUAAUUACCCUAUUUGCCAUCUAGAUUUUUUUUGUUCCAGUCAUAUAUUGAAGGUUACUUACCAUUAUUCACAAAAAAUAUCAACAGUUAUAAGGAAUGAUAGAGUUUUCUGGUAAAAAUUUGUUAUUUUGAGUGAAAGUAAAAAAUAUUUAAUUUUCAUAAAUUGUACUUAAGCAAGCGUAAGUAGAAAAAUAAACUCAGUUGAAAAUGAUAGGUUGACAGUUUUCUUCAGUAUAUAUAUUAUUGAUAAAAAAGAUUUUACUCAAUAUUGGACAUCUGAAGAUAAUCCCAAAAUUUGUCUCGUUAUUGCUAGGUUAUUGUGAGUAAACUUGUAUCUGAAUAUGGAAAGCUUUAUAAAGUAUUCAUUCAUUUUGUACAACAUUUUAUUUGGUAGUGAUAAGCAUUAAUGUGAUAACAUUGAAAACAGAUCUAUUUGUACAUAGUCCCAAUACUGUAAAUAGAAGUUUUAAUUUCCUGGGAGUAAAUUGCUAUUUGCUGUUUUAUCUUAGUUCUUGAAAUAUUUAAAGAUUGUGGACAUAAAGAUACAAUCAAACAGACAUGUUGAGGUUCACUUAUUGAGAAACUGAUUUGAGUUGGGAUAUUCAUUGAAGUUAUUACGUCAUGAUGUUGUGUGAUAUAGGGUGUAUGUUAAGUUUGUGUGAAUUUUUUUUCUCCAUUUUUUAAGUAAUAUUUGUAUACAUUUUAUUUCUCAUCAUCCCAUUGUGAAGCAUUUAUCAUUGUAAGUCCUGUGAAGAUUUUGUUGUUCUGUGUACAUUUAAGGGACUACAUUUAACUGCAGGGAAGACCAUAUAUACCGGUAACAGUACAACUAGUGUUCCCAUUGUCGGGGAAAUACUGCCUGUCCACAGCAUUGUAUAUAAAAAAACACCAUCAUCACAUUAUCAGCAUUUAUCUAACACUCAUACCUAAAUUUUCGUAACAAUGCUCUGUUAGUAACAACUCGCUAUUUUUAAAACACUUAACUAAACAGGUGUUGAGGGGGAAGGGAGGGUAAAAUUAGGAUUAUUUUGUCAAUCCAGAAAAUGGUAUUGUUAUGCAUCAAUUCAGAAUGUUCAUAGUUUAUUGAUAACUAUAAUUUAUUUCAUGUAAAUAUACAUAGAAUAAAUUAAAUUCUAUGUGAAUAAAUUUUUUACCAAA